AUGAUUAAGUUCCUCGGCGCUUCUCGUAAAUCUAUCCAACAUCCCCCCCACAAACCAGCCCCCCACCCCUGCGCGCCCUCCGAGAUCAAAGAUUCCUUCCCCACCUUCCUCUCCAAACUCCAAUCAUCCUCCUCCUCCCCUUCCUCCCCUUCCUCGUCUUCGUCUUCGUCUUCUUCAUCACCCCAAUCAUCAACGCCAACGCCAUUUAAAGAUACCGGCUUCAAACCCAGCGGCAAACCGAACGAUUUCGAAAACUUCUGGGAGGCGCCCGGUUAUGCUGUGGAUUGUGGAGACGAUAGGAGGUGUCCGGUAGAGGAGAUGGAAGCUGUUAGGAGUUUUUACCGUUUUUGUACUUGGUUGUGGGCCCGUUGGGCGCAGGAGGGGAGUGGGGGGCAAGGCAGGCAGGAGAGGGAACGCGACUGCGGAGUGGUGUGGGCGGCUGGGGGAGGGGAUGGCAGCGGUGGCGCGACCGACAUCAGAGACGGCGCGUAG